AUGCGACCACGCACCCAAACAGCCGCUGUGUCCAAACCCAAACUCCCACCCCUCAUCUCCAGAUCCACCGUAACGACACCCGACAGCGCCUUCCACAGCGAUUACUCCCCCAAUGACCCCUCCAGCAUCUACACAAUCCACCAGUCCCUGAAGCCCGAUUACACCAUAAUCGACAGCUCAGGACUGGCCGUCUACCACAUCAAAACAAAGGGCCUACUCCGACCAACAUCACCGCAUCUAACCAUGUACGCGGGCAAAGAUGCAACAGCGGGUCCCGUCGUGGCGUUUGCGAAGUUCUCGCGAAACUCGUCGCCCUCUGCGAAGCUUGUGCGUGGGAAUCCCGAGAACGCGGCGGAUGCGAUCUGGGAAGAUCUGCGGCGGGUGGAGAGGUGGGCGUGGGCUGGAGCUGGGGUGCGGUAUCGGUGGGAGAUGGCGAUUAUCAAUUGGGACCGCGAUGGGGAUGGGGAGGUGGUCAGGAAGGGCUUUUUGUGGAAGCGGACGAAGGCUUUUGCUGUGGAUGGUGGGAGUGAUGCUAGUGGCAGUCCUGGGUAUCGUGGGCAUGUGAGGGCGAGUAGUAUGGGUGCGAUGAUGAGUAGGAGUGUGGAGAGGCAGAGCUAUAAGCUUGUCGAUGAGGAGACUGGGGAGUUGCUGGCGGUGUUGUCGGUUGAUGUUGGGAUGGGCAGGUUCAGAAGACUGGGCAGGAUGCGCUUUGUGACUGAGAAGUACGGGCUGGCGUUUAAGAUGAUGGUCUUUCUGUCUGGGCUGGUGGUUAACAGUUGGGAGGAUUUAUGA